GCGCGAGCAGGGAAUCCCCAGCCAUCGCCUCGCGCCGUCCAGCUGCUGUGGCUGCUCUCGAGGCUGCCUUGCGAAUCGGCUCCCGCUCCUCCUCCUCUUGCUGCUGCUGCUGCUACUCCGUGGCGGAGCUGCUCCUCCUGGUAGGGGUAGCUCCAAGUCACCCCUCGCAACUUUGCAUCUCAAAAGACACUUUACAAAAAAAAGAAGAUCCGUUGAAUUAAAUCUCUACGUCUACCACUUUCUUGUUUUUAUCGCCGUUGUUUUUUCUUACGACCCUUCGACCAAGCACCGGCUCUUGACACGUUAAUGAGGCAGCCGCCCCCCGGCGAAUUUGACAUGGCACUCAGCGGUACCCUCCUCCCUUCCAUCUCCACCUUCGCGGCGGGCACGGCCGGCAGGGAGAAGAUCUUGAGGCAAGCAGGUGCCAGCAAUAAGUGGAGGGAGGAGCUCUCCCAUCUCAAACGGAUACCCCCUGUGCUAACAGGACGGCCUUACGACCUCGCCUUUGAGCUGGAAAACACUGUUGCCGCUGCCACCACCACCACCACUAGCAGCACCAUCGGGGCUAUGUCAGGGCGAGAAACGGAGGAGUUGAAUGAGCUUUUGGACUUUGACUUCAUCCUGUCCAACUCCCUGAUGCCUCAGGAACAGCCCAUGGCUGCUGCUGCAGUGGUGAGCUCUACUCCUGGCUCCUCGCCCUCGGUCACCAGUAGUAACUGCCCAUCUGUGAGCACCUGUGAUUUCACUUAUCAGCUGCAAAGGGGAGAUCACACCGGAGCAGGAGGAGGGGGCAUGCUUUACAACAGGGAGCAGGCAUCAGCUGCCCCUUUCAACUUGUCCGAUAUCAAUGAUGUGUCCCCUUCAGGUGGAUUUGUAGCAGAACUGAUGAGGCCGGAUCUGGACCCUGUUUAUUUGCCACAGCCACCACCCUCACAGCAGCAGCCACCGCCAGCCCCAAUGGGCAGCCUGCAUGGGAAAUUUGUGGUGAAAGCCACAGUGAACAUGGGGGAGUACAAUAACCACAUCAGUGUUAGCAGCAAGAACAAUGCCGCUGCAGUUUCCCCAUGUGCAGACGGACCUGUGCCGCCUCCCGUUUAUAACCACAUGCCCCGCAUGUGCCCCAAAAUCAAGCAGGAGGCUGCCCCUUCUUGCACCAUUGGCCAAGCUCAUGGAAAUACUCCAAGGGCCCCACCGCAUGAUUUCUCCAUGGGGCGGCCACUGCCUAGCAGGACUAAUCCUCCCUUGACUCCAGAGGAGAUGAUGAACAACAGAGACUGCCACCCCUCCUCACAGGCCUUAAGCCACCCGAGUCUGCCGCUUCCUCCAGGCUACCAUCCUGGCCCAGGGUAUCCUCCUUUCCUUCCAGACCAACUGCCACCAAGCACCCUACAGUAUCAAGGUCAGUCUUACUAUCUAAAUGUUUUUGGAGAACCUUUAAAUGUGCCUCGCUUGGUACAAGGGAUGAUGCUGACUCCACCCUCUUCACCUCUAGAGCUGAUGCCUUCAGGGAGCUGCCUCUCUGAGGAGACCAAGCCAAAGCGGGGCCGGAGGUCAUGGCCAAGGAAAAGGACCGCAACACACACAUGCGACUACGCAGGCUGUGGGAAAACGUAUACAAAAAGUUCACAUCUCAAAGCGCACCUUCGGACCCAUACAGGUGAAAAGCCCUAUCACUGUGACUGGGAAGGGUGUGGAUGGAAAUUUGCCCGCUCAGAUGAACUCACGCGUCACUACAGAAAGCAUACGGGUCACCGCCCAUUCCAGUGCCAGAGGUGUGACAGAGCGUUUUCCAGAUCGGAUCACCUUGCCUUACAUAUGAAGAGACACUUUUAAACAGGACAAAUUGGGCUUUUUCUUUACUGCCACGAGAGAUUCAGUAUUUGACAGCAAAAAAAGAGAGAAACUGUCUUCCACAAGAAGGGAGAACUCCACUUAAAGCACUACAAGAAGAAGAAAAUUCCAGUGAAGUCUUCCAAAAAAGGGAGAAAGAUGUGGAAAUGAAUGGACAAUUAAAAAUGAUUGUGGGACUUUUUUAAAAGGGGGGGAACUAGGGGAACAAUGACUGGAUCUUGUAUCGCCAUUCCAUUUUUAAAAAAAAAAUCUGACUUGAAUCUUUCUGGGUUACAGAAUGCCAAGGAUUGACUGGAAAUCAAGGAUAUCAGGGUUAAAAUAAACUGUUGAGGGAGGGGACCAUGGGAAAUUACGUAGGGAGACUAUGGGUGAAGACAGAUGUAACAUUUGUAAAAUAGUGGGGCUGUUUUGGAACGUCCUUCACCACAUUCGGUCCAAACGGCAUUUGUCCUCUCCAAGGCUGAGGUCUGAAAAGCAACGUUACACAGGUUGCAGUAGCAAAAGCCUAGCUGACUCCCUAUUGCACAUGAUUUUCUCUCUUCCUUCCCCCAGUUCCCCCACCAAUAUAAAAAGUAAAGGGAAGUAGUACCUCUUAAGGAAGGGUGGGGAAACACUGCCAAAAAUAGAAGCCAUUGCUGCAAAUUCCAAAGUCACAAGAAAGUCUGACUUGCACCAUCACUGAAGCAAAUCUUGAGUGCUACAUCUGUCUUCACCCAAAAUUCCCUUAAGAUUUAUUUUCAAUGCAAUAUUGUAAACAUAUUGUAGGCUUGCAAUUUCUUUUUCCUUCCCAAAGCCAUUAGUAAACUAUAUCAAAUGGGGGAAAAGAAAUUCAGGUACAGAGUUGUGGUUGAAAGUAUGUUUUCAUGGUGCUGAAUGACUUUUGGUUCUUAAGAAAAAAAAAAAAAAAAAAAAAAGAGGAAGCCAAAGUUCUCAAACUGCUGCAUAUUUGACAAGGAAAUACAUUUGUCUUCCGAUCUACAUUUAAUGAUGACCUAAAUCAGGUUCAUAAACCUGGUUUAUUUGUGUUUGUGUCUCUAUCUUCUAAUCUUCUAUGCAGACAGUCUGUAAUGCACUGUGGUUUCGAAUGUGCAAUAAUUUGUACAAUGGUUUAGCCCCAAAUAUGCCUUAAAGCAGAACAAAUUUUUUUCUAUAUAGUUCUUUACUUAAUAAAUAUGUAAUAUAAAUUUAA